AUGAAGGAGUUUCACUAUACCCCAGAUGUUAUUGGUUUGAAUUAUGAAGAUCUGUGUAUCCAUCCAGAUCUGGAUCUUCUGGAAGGGUUUAAAGUACCUAAAUUUGAUACUUUCGGUGGAACCGGGAAUCCUUUGGCUCAUUUGAGAACAUAUUUUGAUCAACUCGUAGGAGUUGGGAAGAAUGAGGCUUUAUUAAUGCGACUCUUUAGCCGAAGCUUAAGUGGAGAGGCUUUGGAAUGGUUUAAUUUCAUCGAAAGAUUUGCUUAUAAUGUGGAGAUCAUUCCUGAUCGUUAUUCUUUGGAGAAAACCAAACAAAAGUCUACUGAAAGUUAUCGAGAGUACGCCUAUCGUUGGAGGAAAAAGGCUGCCAGAGUGAGACCUCCCAUGACUGAGAAAGAGAUUAUUGAAGUCUUUGUACGCAAUCAAGAGCCUGAGUACUAUGACAUAAUGUUGUUGCUCGUAGGAGCGAAAUUUGCUGAGGUGGUCAAAAUUGGUGAGACCAUCGAAGACGGUCUUAAGACCAAAAGAAUUACCCGUAUGGCCAUCCAAAUUGGGUCUUCAGGUUUGUUCAAAAAGAAAAGAGAAGAUGUGUCCUUUAUUUCUCAUGCGCCUGAUAGAAGGAUACAAAGAUCAUCCAAUUUUAGCUCUAGAAAAACCUCACCCUCAAGAAUCUAUCCCCCAUCUCCACAAAAUUCCUACCCAAUUUUUUAUGUUCAGCCGAGUUAUCAAACUCCGCCUUCUAAUUACCUGCCUCCGCACUAUCAAAAUGCUCCUCGUGGCUACCAAACUCCACAACGCCCAAAUUUAUGA